AUGAUGGGAUUAUUUAAGUUAAGUUCGUAUUUUUGACUGUAAAAAUUAUCAGAAAUUUUGAAAUUGAGAAAUAAAAAUUCCUGUACUUAAAAAAAUAGAGGGAGAAAAUUUACAACAUGAUGAUUAUCAGUAACAUCUAUAGUUAGUGAUAAGUAACCAAACCACCACCACAUCACAAUCUGACUCAGGAAAUGGCAGAGGAACAGAGAAGGCUCUUGGAGCAACUCAUGGGGAAAGAUGCUAUGAUCAAUCCUAUUGCUACGAGGAGAGAACCAGAUAUGUCAAGUCCAAGAGUAUGUAAAAGUUUCUUAGUUGGAACUUGCCCUCAUGAUUUAUUUGUGGGAACCAAACAAGAUAUAGGGAGAUGUAGUAGAUUACAUCUUCAGAAACAUAAGUUAGAGUUUGAAUAUCGUACUAAGAAACUUAAAGAAGAAUUCCCCAGUUUUGAACUUGAAUAUUUCAAUCAUAUUAAAGAAUAUAUCUAUAAAUUAGAUAAAGUCAUGGCUGAUGCUCAACAACGUUUAACUCAAACUACUCCUGAAGAACAAUCAAAGAUAGAAACCAUCACUAAGGAAUUGUAUAAUCUUGAUAUUAAAAUUGGGUUAAUGACUCAAGAGAUUGAUUGUUUAGUAAAAGAAGGAGAAAUUCAGAAAUCAUUAUAUGAAACCGUUAAGUUAAAUGAACUUUGUAAAGAAAGAGAUGUCUUGGCUGCUAAUGCUCGUACGUUGGCCGAAAAUGUAGGUCAAACAUCACAGCAGAAAUUACAAGUGUGUGAAGGUUGUGGAGCAUAUUUAUCUCGUCUUGAUAGUGAUAGAAGAUUAGCAGAUCAUUUUAUUGGAAAGAUUCAUAUGGGAUAUGUUCAAAUGAGACAAGCUUAUGAAGAAUUGAAACCAAAGAUAAAGAAAUUGAAUGCUUCUCGAUCAUCCAUACAACCACAACAACUGCAUACAGUACUGCUGUAUACUCCUCGUCAUACUCUGAAGCAGCAAGUCUCCUACUAAUGAUUUAAUAAUGAUAAUUUAUAUAUAUAUAUACGGGAUAUAAAUAAUGGUAA